AUGGCUGCCAUUGGGUCCAUGGUGUUCUGCACCGACUGCGGAAACUUGCUCCCGGCCACCAAAGGAACCGAGCAGAAUGUGCUGAGCUGCGAGUGCUGUAGCGCCGAAAAUAAAGAUACUGGCGCAAAGAUUAUUGUGACAAAGUCCAAGCCCUCAGAUUUCCCUUCUUUCCUGCGGCAGAAGCUGCAGUCCAGCGUCCAAUCUGUCGAGCGUCACACACUCAACACCGAGAGCACGGUUCGCGAGCGAUGUCCAAACUGCGGCCGAGAAGAAGUCAAAUACACAACAGUGCAACUGCGAAGUGCCGACGAAGGCUCAACCGUUAUAUAUAACUGCGAGUGCGGAUACAGUUGGCACGAAAACAAUUAA